UUCUCGGCAAAACUUGCGGUCUCGGUUUUGUGAUAAAAUUGUGGAGUUUUUGUGAUAACAGUGAGGAUUCUUCGUCGGAAAAGGAAAGCGGAGUUGCGGAGAAAGCCGCGGCGCUCGCAAGAAUGGGUUUUUGGUUGCGAUUUACGCUGGCCGCGCUGCUGGCGAUUUGGACCACGCGCUCCGGCGUGGACGCCACCAAAUUGAACUAUCCGCGUGUGUUGCUGCCGAUCUUUGACCACAUUUCGGUGAACUUCACCCUCGAGGUCGUCGAGAAGGGGUGCUUCAAGUGGACUUCGUCACGCUUGGACCUUAUCCAAAUAAAGCCCUCCUACGAAGGGCCCGAUGAUGACUGCUCUUAUCGGGUGCAGGUGACGGUUAUCAAUAAGGAAAAGCGUCGCAACACGGCCAUCGUGUUGGCGGAGGAUUUGGCCACGGGCGAGGUGCUCCGCUGUGACGUUAUCCUCGAUGUAAUCGAUCAGCUGGGCGUACUGACGACGACCCGGGAACUGUAUCUCGAGGAAGCGCCGGAAACGUUCGAACUGUGGGCUCAAGAUGCACAGGGGAACGCGUUCACGACACUCGAGGGCAUCGAAUUCCAGUGGCAGAUUGCAUCGCACCGAUCGCACGAGUCCCGCUCGACGGGAGAUGAAAGCAGCAGCUGGAGUCAGGUGCUGCGCUUCCUCACCUUCUCCGAGAGCAAGUUCCAUGGAGUACCGCGCCCGAUUGAGAAACUGGAGGUAGCGGGCGUACAGGGCUACAUGGUGCUGCUGGAAGGCAUCAAUACGGGAUCGGCACGCGUCACGGCCCGGCUACCGCACGCCGAAUACGCGCACGUGGCCCCUGUUGAUGUGAACAUCAUGGUGCUAGCGAAUCUGAUCCUCAAUCCUAGCGACGUUUACAUUCUCCCCGGUGACACGAUCGAGUUUAAGGUGCUUCAGCUGAAGCAGGGCAAGCUGCACGAAAUUGCGCUCAACAGUCAGUACUAUCUGGAGAUUGAAGAUGAAACGUUUGCCUCGAUCGGUGGUAACGUGGCAAAGGGACUACAGGUUGGACGCACCUUUGUGCUGCUGCGUGAUCGUAACGUGCCUCACGAGGAUGCAAAGCAAGGUGGUGGUGAAGAUGCGAGCGCCAAAGCAACGCUCCCACGUGCAUCGAUCACUGUGGUCGAUCCGAAGAAGUUGACGAUCAAUUUGUUGCCGUACUAUAACUGGGUAACGGUCGAGGGUGAGAGCCACGAGAUUGCGCUGAACCUCUACACGGCCGAUGAUCAUCAGAUAACGCUGGGACCGCAGUACAAGAUACACUCCAAGUUUGAUGAAUCCAUCUUCUAUCCGAUUCGCGUGACUGGCAAUGGAAGUAGCAUUUUCGGAGAAACCGUCGCCACCGGAAGCUCUCCCGUUACGGGAAAGUUUGAAAAGCUGAACGCUAACGCGGAACUGGUUGUGUACAAGCGGUUGGCGAUUAGUCCGCCGGAGGUGAUUCUUCCUUUCGAUCCUAACCUUCGCCGACAGAAGCUACAGUUCACGGCCACAGGAGGAGAUGGAGCGUACAGUUGGUCUUCGCUGGAUCCGAAUGUGGUGGCCAUCUCCCAGACUGGCCUCGCAGAAGCACGACUCGAUCAGAUCAAGGGGAUAGCGGAUUUGUCUGGCUCCUCCGCGGACAAAGUAACGCAGGUGAAAGUGGCCAUGUCCCGGAACGUGCGAAUUUUCGUAUCGGCUCAAGUGAUGUUCCUCCCUCCGAUCCGACUGGAUGUGGUACGCUACAACUUCGAGACGGUCGUAAAGGAUUACAUCCGUGUGCACAUUGGCCUCUGGGCACUGCACAAUGGGACCGAGAAGCCGUUUACGUCGUGCGAAAAUCUCAACUUUGAGCUCGAGUUUAGCAACCAAAUCUUCAUCGUUAUCGAUCAGCAGCAGGCCAUCGAUGAAGGUUCGCAGGAACCGACGGCCAAUGGUGCCUGCCGGAUCGUGUACCUUCGUGCGACGACCGUUGGACAGACGAACCUGAAGAUUAGCUACCGUUAUCUCGAUACGGUGCUCUCCGAUCAAGUUUCGCUCCAUGUGUUCGAACCACUGGGAAUCGAAAAUCCGGUCGAGAAUGAGAUCGUACUACCGAUCGGUGCCUCGCGGAAUCUGUUCUACUACAAGGGCCCCGAACGGAUCUAUCAUUCGGAGGCAGAACUACAGCGCAACCUGGCCUACGACCGGAAGGCACUCGAGGUGACAGAGGUAGGCAGUGGAUUCUCCAAAGACAAACACAUUGUGCGGGCGCUUUGUAAGAAGAUUGGUGACUAUGAGCUGAAGCUGGAGGUGUUCAACACGCUGAGCACGGCUGCGAAUGCGGUUCCGUAUGUGGCCGAGUUUGUGACAAAGAUUUACUGCGUUAAGCCACGGUUCGUAAGCUUGAUCACGGCGGAUAAGGUGAAGAUGGGAUGUCCCCUGGAACGGCGCAAUUCGAUGAUGCACGUCAAGACGGACGAUAGCGAUGAGAUGGUGAUCGAUAUCGAGGUGCUGGAUGUUCAGAAUCGCAAACUGGCCAACAUAUCUUCCCUGCUACUCGAUUGGCAGUUCUCGACGCUGGAACAGCAGCCACAGAAGCAACAGGUUGCCGCCGGUGAGGUGCCACUCUCCUUGCCUUACGCCCAGCGAACGGAAGUGGAUCAUUUGGAAGGCGUCGAAAUUCCGGUACGAGAUUACGUGACACUCACGCUGCCUCGUCAGCUAGAAGCAAGCCUUAAGGUGAAGACGAUCGUGAGUGAUUACAGGGCCGAAGUGCUAAAGCGACAUGCGAUCAAGCCCGAAAGCCCUGCCUUUGGUGUGCAGAAGCAAAGUGGAACGGCACUCGUGAAGCCGGUCAUCGAGAAUGAGCUCAACUUCCUUGCUGUCAACCGGACGCUGCUACCGUACGAUCGUUUAACGCUCUUCCUUACCAGCGACACUGUGGAGCGCAUCAAGAUUGUGCAGGGUAGCGGAUUUUAUGAUAUUAAAGCAUCGGAAGCAGGAAUCGUCACCGUGCAGUUCGAAGCAACGACGCGCCAACUGGUCAUAAGCCCCCGGAAGGUGGGCGAAGUGAAGCUGGAGAUCAAUGAUCAGUGCUUGAGUACGGAGCCAAGUUUCCUGUACGUCUCGGUGGUAACCGUUGGAAAGAUAACGCUCCUGGUGCCGGAUCGAGUGGAAAAGACAAAAACGAUUGAAGCGGUCGCUCGGUUGUAUGACAGCAACGAUCAGCUGCUGGAUAUCAAGCGUGAUCGGUUGGAGCUGUACGAACUACGGACGGAAAUAUACAAUCCGCCCGUUCUGAGCGUUGCAUUUGGAUCGCAAGCUAAUCUAGGGGUCGGUGAGGUGCGCUACAUUGUAACGGGCACUGAAUUAGGUGAAACCAAGUUCAGUGUUAGUGCCGGAAACGGUAAGAAGAUGGUCACCAGUGUGCCGGCCACGGUGCAAGUGUUUCCUCCGUUGCUGUUGCUGCCUCGGAAUGCUACGAUCGUUGUGGGAAGUACGCUGCAGAUCCAUUCGAAGGGUGGUCCUACGCCCGAUACGAAUAUCAUCUACAGCGUCCAGAAGCUGGAUGUGAUAGAUGUCGAAUCGGGAGUGGUUUCGGGUUUGCGCGUUGGCCGAUCGAAGGUAACAGGCCGUUGCGUCGGCACCAAUCCGACUACCGGUGAGCAGAUCAUCUUUUCCGAGGAUAGCAUCAUCGUGAACGUGAUUCCGCUUGAAGCGAUCGAGCUGCGGACACCGUUGGGGCGCAUUCAAACCGGAGCCAUUAUGCCAGCGUACGUUUGGGCUGCUCCGGGCAUCUCGCCGCUCAUCCUGGGCACAGUGGAGGGCCUAAAGAUCCGCUGGUCAACGGAUCACGGCGACAUUCUAGACAUCCGGGGUGUGUUCCAUGACAUCGGUGUAGAGUACCUUGAGCGGGACGCUAUCGUGAUGCGCAUUCGAGCGCUGGCACCGGGGAAAGCAACACUUCACGUGACGCUAAUCACGUCAAAGGGAACGCAUCUAACGGCGAAGAUCGAUAUUACCGUGUUCCGGAUGCUGGAGCUGGAGUCACCGAAAGUGAUACGCUACGACUCAAUACUGAUACCACCGAAGGCGACGAUUCAGCUGAAGGCCAACCUGGACGAUGCCCUGUACCACCUGGAGAACGAGAGUGCAACCAAUGCCGGUGUGGUGCAGGUAACACGCGAUGGGCUUGUGAAGAGUAGUGACACCGUUGGUCGUGUCCAGGUGAUUGCCACUAGCCAAGAGCAAUCGCUUACCAUUCCACUCGAGGUAAAGCACGUACAGUAUGUAAUGGCUACGCUGCAACCGAGUACGGUGAAGUUGCGACAGGUUGCUCACAGCAUUCCACAAGGAUUCGCGCUAACGCUGAAGGUAUCGUUGCACGAUAAUCUUGGUAAUGAGUUCUCGCACGGUGUGGAGGAUGUGGCAACUUUGCGGCAUCGACUUUCGAAACGUGGCAAUGUGCUGAUCAAUACGGGCACUGACUACAGCGUGGCGCUUGAGUUGAUCCGCGAAACGUCCGAUAUGCUGGUAGUGGCAUUGCGUGAUCAAACGGGAGUUAAGUAUGCGGAAGAUUACAUCAAGCUCGUCGUCGGUGAGCCGAAUGAGGCUGUGGUAUCACCGGGGCAGCGCAUUUUCUCCGUCGGUGAUGUCGUGUGCUUUGGCUCGCCGCUGCUGAACAAUGAUUUACGGUGGAGCAGCUCCGAUGAGAGGGUCGUGAAGAUCGAUCCCAAAACCGGUGUGGCGCAGAUGCUUGCCUCGCGUUCGUCGGGCAGCGAGGAUAAGGUACUGAUCAGCCACGGUAGCCGGCGAUCGGGAGGAGGCGUAACGUUCAGCGUGGAUGUGCUGGAAGCGGAUCGGAUCGAGUUUUUCAAAAGCUACGACAUUUUCAACCUCCACUCGUACCGAGGCCACCUGGUGAUCAAGAACCAUCAGCAACACGAUAAGCUGGCAAACGUGAUCGCACAGAAUGCGUCUAGCUGUCAGGAACAAAUCGAACGCUCGUACAGUGGUCUGUUCGCGUGUCAGUUGCUGGUGAAGGUCGGUACGGUUGAUCUGCUGCAGCACUUCAAAACCUACCCCGGGUAUGAUGCGGAGAUUGGUGCCUACUGUUGCAACGUUGAGCUACUGACGACGAUCGACGAUGUGAUCAAUGUGAUCGGAGCGAAUGAUUUCAGUAUUGCUCUGGAGGUGCGCCUUCUUGCCGGUGGCUCGGGACUGGUGGACACUUCGGCACUUAAGAUCGUUCCACCUGUACGUGUCGAACCGGAGGCGUUCUCCGUUGAGCAGCUUGGCAAACAAGGCCUCACGAUAACCGGACUGGGCAAGCUGCUGGAAAGGGUUUCGGUUACAUCCUCGAAUCCGGCUGUGCUAGAAGUGAAGCUAAAGGAAAAGCUACCGGGAGCAUACGAGUACAAGCUGGAGCUGCUGGAAACGUACCGCGAAGAAUGGGCCGACAGCUUGGCAGUGGUGGUCAAUUCUCCACACACCAAGCAAACCAUCGAGGUCCCCAUUCGAUCGCCAAUGGCUCCACGCAAGUGUGCCACUCAACCGUUCAACAGCACACCGGAUCUGUUGGUGCACUACAUGAGCAACAUUGGAUUGAUCAUAUCCACCGUUGUCGUACUUGCUGCAACCGUUUGGGUGAUCGUGUUUUGUUUCCCGCAACGUAACAGGACCACCUCACCGAAUGCCAGUGUGUUCUCGCCAUUUAAAAAUGAGCACAAUUUAUCAUCCUAUGAUAAUAGGGUAAGCAGCAGUCCAUUUGCUAGUCCAUUAGACAAGCGCGGCAGUAAUCUGCAGCCAUCACCGUCAUCGUCACCGUACCCCGGAAGUCCCGGGCACAGCUUCGGUGGAUCUCAAGGGAAUUUAAGUAACGAUUUCAACACGAGCGGCGGUUCGCUCGGGUCACCGAUUUAUGGCGAUGCAACGAUCCUUUCACCACAGAAGCGAGUCAACCGGCGAUACAUGUAAAUAGUGUAGUUCCCGGACAGAGGCGGGACAGAUAUCGUUGCUGCUGCUAGUAGAAGAAGGAGUUAAUGUUUGGAUUACACGUGUGCGGAGCUGCAUCAAACAGAACUGAGCUCUCGAAAGGCAUUGAACUGAACCCUGGCGCGAAUGAACGCGAACUACUAUCCUAUUCCUAUACUCAUCAUUUUCAUCUUUACGACAAUCGAUCGAUGUUAUUUUUGCCUAGUUUCUUUAUGUAUUACUGAAACAGUGGACCGCGUUUCAACACGACCGAUCCGAUUCGAUAUUAGUGGCUAGGUGUGUUAUCGGCUAGGUUUCUUUCUAUAUUUUGAAAAUUCGAUUAUUUUUUGCGUGCGUGUGCGUUUGUGUUUGCCAUUUAUUUUCGUACAAUUCUUAUUACUAGCUAGUAGUUUAUCAUUUGCAACGGGUGACUUAACUUUUUCCUACGUUAUUACUAGUUUUACUGUGAAUUAUACGCCGUUCGCUCGUUCGAUUGGGUUACCUGCCAUUGUCAAGCAGCGUGCGAACUCUUGCAGAGAAGCAUGUUCCGCGCUUUGUAGGUAAGGCAGCUCCGCAAAACCUUCGACUAAUAGACGCGCAUUCGUAUGUACAUACUGCAGCCUUGUGUAGGUUAGGAAACAAAUUGAAUUAAAACACCUUACCAACAAUAAACCAACCUUUGAAAUGGA